AUAAUUUGUAAUCAUUAUAUAAAUUCUUUUCUUGAUUUCUUUUUAUAUAUGUAUAUAUCUAAAUAAUGUUUUUCUAUUUUAAUUUCUCAUUGAAUUGAAGAAGAUUCAGAAAACCAAUCGAAAUAUUUUCCCUGUUGUCAUUAAGAAUACAUUAAUAUUCAUUUAUGCAAAACUAUCUGAAAUCCCCUAUAUUCCGGUCUUCAAGUAUAUGCAUAUAUAUAUAUGUAUAUAUACACCUAUACUAGUACUCUUCUCUCAACAUUAUAGUGUCAUCCGAUAGUAAGAAUGAAGUAUUUACACGUCGGAAUUGUAUUGUUCAUAUAUAAUUACAUGAUACGAGGUCAGGAUCUGAUAUUUCCGGCUGUCGAGGAAACAUUUCAUGUCAGCGGUGGUAACUCUACGAUAAUAACGGAACGCGUACCCGUAUCAAUACCGGACCGUUGCCCGCAAAAUAUGCUUCUCUACCCAGGCAGUGGUUCAAAGGAUUCCUGGGUGUGCGAUUGUAAGCCGCGAUACCUAUACUUCCCGUUAAACAACUCUUGCUACGAAGCUUACAGGCAGGGUCCUUGUCUAUCUAGACAUUAUGUCGUACUUGUCAAGGACGAGGCGGUUCCUCGUUGCAUGAAGAACCCUUGCUUCGAGGAUGGCGUAGUACCCUACAAUGGCACAUGCUAUCCUCUCAAAACUAUAGGUGGCCCUUGCUCAUCUAAAGAGAUGUUAACAGUAAAUGAGAUCACUUUCCAAUUGGAAUGUAUGUCAGUGGCCCUGCGUGAUAACAUUUCGUCCUUCGUGACAGUACCGACCGUUCUCAAAAGGAUGCCUCUGCGAGGCAGCCGCAGAAGCUUGCUCGCAAUAGUUUUAAAUGUAUAAGAAACCCCUGAUCCAGCUCCUUAUUGCUAUUUCCUUAUAUUUUAUAUAAUUCUAUAUAUAUAUAUAUAUAUAUAUAUAUAUAUAUAUAUAUAUAUAUAUAUACAUUACAAUAUUAUAUAUCUUUUACAUCAUCAGGAUAAUCCUGAUAUUUAAAAUUUAGAAUAAUUUUUAGAAAACACAAGAUAAUUUUGAUACGGAAUUGUGACAUGUAUCAAUUUUAUGUUUAAGUACAUGUAAGGUUUUCUAGAAGUUGCAUUAACAAUGCGUUAUAAUGCAUUUAUGUACAACAAAUAAAUAAAAGUAUAAAAGAAAUUUACAAGCAA